GAAAAACAGGCGCCACUUUGUUCAUCUUCCAUCAAACUCUAAGAUAAGACUGUAAUCAUUCACACAUUUGUUGUUGCAAAAAAAAAGAAACUAUGUUGUGCAUACAUGCAGGGUGCUUAUCGGGCUUGUCAACAAAGGUCGAUUGCGGACCCUGUACAUUCGAUCUGGGGUACCGGCCCGGAACCUACGCCACCGAGACAACAGUUGCUCCUGUGGUGCAAGGCAUUUUUUGUCUUCAGGGAAAUCAUUUUGAAGGACUUGUGGCCGUUUUCUUUUCUUUCUUUUUUUACGCAGUGGAACUUUCGCUAGGCACAGGCAAGCUUGUGCCUGAGAGUUGUAAGGGAGAGGGAGGGGCUCCCAGGGUAGGGACGGACAUGCAUGGACGGCAGAUGCCACCGCGUCGCAAUUGGCAAUUAUUGUAAUAUUGCCGUGUGUGGUUAUUGCCUAUUGGAAGCCCCGGUGCUGUGCAGCCAGUCUUCGGGGAGGCUUGGCUCGUUUCGA